ACAGCUCGUAAAAGCGCUCGCAGACCCCACGCUCCAAAACCAGUCUCCAACCAAACCCUUAACAAACUGUGUUUGGAAUUCGUCAGAUUUGGCUGAUUCGAAUUGAAAUAUUGGGGAAUACACCGAGAAAUAAGUUGUGUUAGAGGGAUUGUUUAAGGAGCGAAAGGGGUCGUAGAUGGUACCCUAAGAUCAAAUCUACACAUAUUGAAGUUGGAUUUAAAGUCGAAGAAAAAAAGUUACCAUGGAGACACACGGUAUAGGGAUGCAGCAGGGGCGGGACAUGAAUAAAGAUGCGCAGACAGCCAUGUGGCACCAAACGUAUCAUGACUCUGGCAUCAUGUCUGGGGCUACCACCACUGCUCACUCUGUCAAGGGUGACGAGGAUGACGACUACAUGAAAACGACUCACAUGUCCUUUGAAUGGGAACAGAGCUUUAACGAUCAUGAAAUGCAGGCAAUGAAUGAGCAAUUUGUCUCAACUAGAAGCCAGCGAAUUCGACAAGCCAUGUUCCCUGAGACACUUGAAGAAGGGGCCCAGAUCCCUUCAACUCAGUUCGACAGCACUUCAUCUACUGCUGUUCAAAGGCUUGCUGAGCCAUCCUUGAUGCUGAAACAAGCUGUUGUUAACUUGAUCAACUAUCAGGAUGACGCUGACCUUGCUACACGUGCUAUCCCAGAGUUGGCAAAGUUGCUUAAUGAUGAUGACCAGGUUGUAGUUGGUCAGGCUGCUAUGAUGGUUCAUCAGCUGUCCAGGAAAGAUGCAAGUCGCCAUGCAAUCAUGAACUCUCCUCAGAUGGUGGCAGCCUUGGUGCGAGCUCUCAACAACAUGUCCGAUGUGGAGACAACACGCUGCGCUGCGGGGACACUGCAUAAUCUCUCACACCAUCGACAAGGUCUCUUAUCGAUCUUCAAGUCUGGUGGCAUACCUGCCCUGGUUAAGCUGCUUGGGUCUCAGGUUGAGGCUGUGGUGUUUUACGCAAUCACAACACUUCACAAUCUACUGCUUCACCAAGAGGGAGCAAAGAUGGCUGUUCGGCUUGCUGGGGGUUUGCAGAAGAUGGUUGCCCUAUUGGGCCGCGGCAAUGUGAAGUUCCUGGCUAUUGUAACAGACUGUCUACAUGUCCUGGCCUAUGGAAACCAGGAAAGUAAACUCAUCAUUCUGGCAUCGGGGGGUCCUGCAGAGCUUGUGCGUAUCAUGAAGACCUACACAUACGAGAAGCUGCUGUUCACUACUAGCCGUGUGCUCAAGGUUCUUUCUGUGGACACUGAUAACAAGAUGGCAAUAGUCGAGGCUGGCGGUAUGCAAGCGUUGGCUAUGCACCUUGGUCACCAGAGCAACCGCUUGGUUCAAAACUGCCUGUGGACCCUGCGCAACCUCUCUGAUGCAGCCACCAAAGAAGACGGCCUUGACAAUCUCCUCCAGAUGCUUGUUCAGCUUUUGUCGUCAAAUGACAUUCAGGUGGUGACAUGUGCAGCCGGCAUCCUCUCCAACCUGACUUGCAACAACCCUCGUAACAAGCAGCUUGUGUGCAGGUUUGGAGGCAUCGAGGCCCUGGUCCGGACCUGCCUCCAGGCUGGGGACAGGGAGGAGAUCACAGAACCUGCAGUGUGUGCUUUACGUCAUCUGACCAGCCGUCACGCCGAUGCAGAAGCUGCCCAGAAUGCUGUGCGCAUCCACUACGGUUUGCCAGUGCUGGUGAAGCUGCUCCACCCCCCUGCCAGAUGGCCCCUCAUCAAAGCUGUCAUUGGCUUGAUGCGCAAUCUUGCCCUGUGCCCGGCUAACCACGCCCCUAUCCGUGAGCACGGAGGUCUACCCCGCUUGGUACAGCUACUGAUGCGUGCAAAUCAGGACAUGCAGCGCCGACCUGGACACAACGUGGUCAUUGAUGGCGUGCGCAUGGAUGAUAUCGUAGAGGGGACCGUCGGCGCGUUGCACAUUCUCGCACGUGAAGCACACAACAGAGCUGUUAUCAGAAGUCUGCAUUGUAUCUCGCUUUUUGUACAGCUUCUCUACUCCCCGAACGAGAACAUCCAGCGAGUCGCAGCGGGGGUCCUGUGCGAGCUAGCCCAGGACAAAGAGGGAGCAGAAGCCAUUGAAGCCGAGAACGCCACACAACCAUUGACCGACCUACUACAUUCCCGAAACGAGGGGAUCGCCGCCUACGCCGCAGCAGUGCUCUUCCGGAUGUCCGAAGAUAAGUCUCAAGACUACAAGAAACGGCUGUCCGUAGAGUUGACCAGCUCGCUCUUCCGGGAAGAUGCCCCUUGGCAGGAGAUGGAGGGUGACCUCAUGGACACGUACCAGAUGCCCGGGGCGUACACCUAUCCCCAAGAGAGCAUGGACUAUAUGCAAGGUCCAGUCGACUACGGGCACCAUUACGAUUUCCAUGGCGACCCGAACAUGAGUCAUCAGCCACCGGGAGGACACUACCAAAAUCCAGGGGGUCCUCUGUAUGACACAGAUCUCUGAAUAAUCCACACACCCCUUUUGGCCGCCUGCCAAGUGUUCAUCACCAAAGCUGGGUGUUGAUUGCAACGUCAAAAGUAGACGUUUACAGAAAGUCUCUCCCUUUCUGUAAUAUUUUGUAAUAUAGCUUUGCAUAAAGAUUUCCUAGGUUUUACUGUAGAGUAUUAUGGAUUUAUUAUUUCGUUCUCGCGAAUUUUGUACUGGAUUUGUUUGUUUUUAUUUAAUUUUGCCUCGCUUGUUGUAGUCAAACAUAAGCAUGCGUAGCUCUGUCAAGUUUGGCAUUUGUGCCAAUUGUGAAGCAAGUGAAGAGAGCUGAUAUCAUGGAUUACCCACAUGCCUGUGCGCCAAGAACAGUACUAACAUAAAAUAAUACUUAUGGGUCCCCUUGAAAUUAGUCAGCACGUUAACUUAUUUAUUUGCAACCCCUUUUGAACAUAUACUCAAAUUUUCUGACUUUUUCUUUUCCUAAACCUACCGAAAUUGUACUGCACUCGUGCAUUAGUUGAGUCGUUGAAUCUUAAUUAUGACGAAUGGCCUUGCUUUAUAUUGUAUGCAUUUACUGUAACUGUCGACAGUAUUAGGUGGCUAGGAUCCAAGGCUAUGAUUUUUCCACUGUAUACAAAUCCUCUUGGUGCGUCGCAUUUCGCAGUGGUACAAUUCAAAUUUUCCUAUCCUUUAAACUUUCCAACUUUUUUAUUUAUCUAUUUCCGCCAUUUUGCAGACCCCACUGUUUAGUCACGAGUGCACAUUAAGGUUGAACAUAGUCUAGCCUUGUGGUUCUUCGGGUUCUUGUAGCCAAAGGUAGAAAUUCCACGAGAGUUUGGUGCUUCUCAACCCGGCAAGCAUGAAUAACAGGAUUACACUCAGAAACCUAAGGCUUGUAUUUUUGAACGGACACGAUUGCAUGAUCUGUCGAGGUUUUUGUACUUAGCUUCGGGUUGAGUAGCAUACACUCUCCUUAUUUUAGAAUAUUAUGUGUAUGUGAUUAUAUAAAUAAACCAUGUUAUAUAUAUA